AUGGUCGAUUUCAGCAAGUGCAACUCUUCCGGGCCUGUGAGUAAAAAGCAGGCGUCCAUUUUAAGCUUCUUCAAGACCCAGGAUGUGAAGGUAAAGAAGGUGAUUGGUGGAGGGGCGGAGGCGCCCAAAGAAAGUAAAAGCGAUGCGGAUAAGAAUGACGGACAGCAACUCAGCGCGGCGAUGAGCAUGCUUGACAAAUUUGCAGCAACUGUUGAGGUGAACAAGCAGCCGCAGCAGCAGGAGGGGGGUGAAAAGAACGAAGCAGAGCAAAGCUGCGAAAAGGGUUUCACUGCAACGAAGGACACAAAUGAGAAUAAGGAAAAUGGAUGCAGCACACAAGUACCACAAGCGAAUCCAUUGUCCGAUGACAGCCAAGAGGUGAACAAAACAGAGGUGAAAGGGUCCAUUGAAAAAGAGGACAUGGAAAUGAAAGAAAGUUAUGAGCAGAUAUAUGCAGACAACGCGGAGUUGAGCACUGAUGAAGAUAUUAUUGUGAGGAAGAAGCGAAAGGUGAUCAUGGAUUCCUCAAGUGAAGAUGUAUAUGAAGGUUCUAAUGAAAAAAGUGACGAUAAUGGAAAGAAUACAAAAAGGAAAACACCCCCAGGAAAUGAACAGGUUGGUGGUGUGGACGGGAAGUUAGGCAAUUUGGUUUAUGAGUCAAAUAAGUGUAUAAAGACAGAGGAAACAUUAUUUACGAAUGAGCAAAGUGCAAAGGAGAUUAGCAAAAUGAAUCGUCGAAAGGAAGAAGAUGGAAAAAAGUCACAAGAAUUGGACACACUAAGGAAUAAAUUGCUGAGCAUGCCAAUAAGCUUAUCAAAUGAUAAAUUCCGCAUGUACAUAGAACAGUACUUCCUCUAUUGCAAUACGUUUGAAUUUCCUAAAUGGAUUCAGCCACAGUAUAUACGAGAUCUGAACUUAAGGACCCCAGACCAUGCAGAUUAUGAUUGCUCAACUAUAUGGACCCCCCCACCAGAUCAUCCCUGGGCGGUGGAAUACAAGCACGCGCAUUACACCCCAGGGAUGCAACAGUUUUGGAAAAUAAAGUCAAAAAAUUUCGAUAAAAUUAUAUUUUUUAAAAUGGGGAGAUUUUAUGAAAUAUUUUAUAUCGAUGCUUGUUUAAUGCAUACAAUUUGUGGGUUGAAUUGGAUGGGUGGGGAACAGAAACCUCAUUUAGGAUUUCCAGAACAGUCUCUUCAUUUAUAUGCGAAAAAGGUUAUCAACUGUGGGCAUAAGGUGGUGGUGAUUGAACAGAUGGAGACUCCAAAGGAGUUGGAACAACGCAAUAAAGAAACCUGUGGUCCGAAGGAUAAAGCUAUUAAGAGGGAAAUUAAUGAAAUAUAUACAAAGGGGACCAUUUUACAUGAUAAUAUGCUUAGUUCAGAGACGAGGUAUUUGAUUUGUUUUCAUUUUGAUGAUACGGAAGAUUUAGAUGAUGGAGUGGUGAGUGUUUGCAAUGGGGGGGUAGGAAGUGUUCCGGGUUCCUCAUCUCAGAAUGAGCGUUCAAUUAAGAGCAAAUGUAAUUUUGGCUUUGUUGUGAGUGACAUUGCUACAUCGUACAUCGCAGUAGGGUAUUGUAAUGACGAUGAGUCACGUAUUGAGCUUAGAACAAUUCUUGCUCAGCUAUGUCCAGCAGAAAUUCUAUACGCUUCUAAAAAUAUAAAUAAGGAGGUAUUGUCCAUUUUCAAAAAUAUUCCAGCGGAACCAGAAUUAACAGCUGUGAGUUCUUUUCCAAAUAUAAUUGCCUCUUUAGAUGAGAUACGGAAAUAUUUUGAGACCAUUCCUCCAAGUUUAGAAAUGCAUAAAGAACAAAACAGUGUGAUUUGUGCAUUUGGUGGGUUCAUCGUUUAUCUGAGGUCACUUUUACUCGAUAAGAAAAUUUUUCGCUUUUGCAAAAUUGAACAUUAUGAUCUUUUUAAGAGGGAAAAUUAUAUGGUUCUAGAUGCAACAGCGUUAAAGCAUUUGGAAAUUUUGGAGACUCAAUCUGGGAAAAUGAAAAAUUCUCUUUUCGAUUAUGUAAACAAAACAUGUACUAAUUUUGGGGCGAGAAAUAUGAGGCGAUGGAUUUGUAGCCCACUACUCGAUUGCUCAAAGAUAAAUGAACGACUAGAUGUGGUAGAAUUUUUAAAAAAAAACGAACAUAUAUUAUCCCUUAUCCGAUUGAAGUUGAAGAAGCUACCAGACAUAGAAAGACUGUUGAACAAAAUUUGUAUUCAAGCAUCUCAGAGCGAAAGAGGAGCUGUCUUUUUUGACAAUGUAGUUAGUACCAAGCUGAAAGAAUUCAUGACUUUUUUAAAUGCCUUUAAAGAAAUUGGAAGUAUGUUAAUCGAAAUUAAUAGCAUUGAAAAGGAUGAAGAGGAGUUACCCAAGAGGUUGUUUGAAAUUAGUAAUACCCCAGAUAGGAAAAGCUUAGUGAGGAAUAUACAAGGGAGCUAUCCUAACAUAGAACAAAUAACUACCGAGUUUUUAAAAAAAAUUGAAUUUGAUGGGGACAAGGAAUAUAAGCCAGCGGAGGGGUGUGAUGAAACGAUUGAUAUGAUUAACAAUAGGGAGAAAGAAGUGGAAGGUGAAUUGAAUAAUAUUUUAACAAGGAUGAAAAAGACUAUGAAAAUAUCCUCACUCAAAUAUGUAAAUGCCAAGUAUAAAUAUGAAGUGGAGUGUCCGGAAAAUGUCCCUAAAGUUUUUCUAAAGAAUGUGGAAAUCACAUCUGCUAAAAAAGGAUUUAUUCGAUUUCACAAUGAUGAGAUAAAGCAAUGUGUUGGGAUGCUUGAAGAUAUAGACCAGGAAAAGAAGGACGCCAUUUAUCCCUUCUUUAAAAAAAUAUUUCAUUUGUUCUAUGCUCACUACGAGAAAUAUGUUUCUGCAUGCAGAUUGGUGUCUGAGUUGGACUGUCUUCAAGCCUUUGCUUUUGUGGCUUUGAACACGCCCUUUGCUCUAACGCGCCCUGUUCUGCACCCCAUGAGGAGUAAUGAAAAUGCCGAGGAGGGUAGCGAUGAUGAUAUAGGAGAUAUUAGCGAAACGAGUAGGAGCGCCGUAAGUGCAAUGGGGCGCAAUGUGGAAAGUAAAGGAAGUGAACCCUUUCUCAUCCUCGAAAAUAAUAUUCACCCGGUGGUGGCCACACUUAUGCCUAACUUUAUUUCGAACAAUAUAUACAUGGGUUGCAAGCAGGAAAAUCAGACCACGCUACUCCUCACAGGACCUAACAUGGGUGGAAAAAGCACUUUGCUAAGACAAACAGCCAUUUCCAUCAUUCUGGCCCAAAUUGGAGCCUUCGUCCCAUCUACCUACUGCGAACUGACUGUGGUUGACAAAAUUUUUACUCGACUAGGAUCUAGUGAUAAUUUGUUCGAAGGAAAAAGUACCUUCCUUGUGGAGUUGGAAGAUAUUUCGAACAUGUUAAAGCAGAGCACAAAAUACAGUUUAGCUAUACUGGAUGAGCUCGGGAGAGGAACAUCUUCCUUUGAUGGCACUGCCAUUGCCUUGUCCACUUUAGAACAAAUUGCAGAUGUGAUAAAAUGCAGGUGCAUAUUCUCCACUCAUUACCAUCUCCUAGUGGAGGAAGUCAAACACAAUAAAAAAAUUUCAAACUAUCACAUGAGCUUAAGUAUAGACGAUCAUCAGGAGAAGAUCAUUUUUUUAUAUAAAUUUAUUAAGGGAGUUUGCCCCAAGUCUUUUGGUAUUCACAUUGCAAAGCUAGCUGGUCUGCCGAAAGAAAUUAUCGACUUAGCCCAUGAGAAGUCCACUCUGUUUGAGAACGUAACGGACGAAUUUUGCAAAAUUAUUAAGUACAAGAAUAUUGUACGCUCCCUGCUCAGUGCCCCUGACAAUGAAAAGUUGGGUGCCCUCUUCCGUAGGUACCGGGCCGAGUUCGCCUCGUGA